GUGUAAGGAAUUCCAGACUCUUGGAAAGAGUGGGGUCAGUUUUCCCCUUAGUCACCGUCCUUGUCCCCUCCAAUGACUUCCUGUCUAACUGGCUAGGGGUGACUUGGGGGUGACUCAGGUACACCCUACACAGCCCCAGAUUCUUUGGAAGUUGCAAUGGCAGAUGUGUUUCCUGGCCAUAAGCACCAGUGGGAGGGGGGAAGAUGGCAGCAGACCUGGUGGUGGGGACUUCAUUCUCCCAAUGUGCCUGAGGAUAGAGGUAUGCUGGGGCCUGUGAGGCGUCUAUGGGUGUGAGACUCAGGCUGCCUCUACAGCUCCCUCUACCCCAGCCCUAGCCUGCAGCCUGGCCCCGAGCCAGCAGCAGGCUCAGCAGGUCCCAGGGGCGUGGUGGCGGCCAGUGGUAGAGCCAGCCUACACCAGCCAGGCAGGCAGCAAGGCAGCACAGUCGGUCAGGGACAUAGAGCUCUCAGCAACCAGAGCCCUGAGCUGCAGUGCAGCCAUGAGCCCUCUGCUGUACUAUGCCCUGCCCGCCCUGGGUGGCUACAUCAUGCUCUCCAUCUUCUUUCUGCGCCGGCCACGCCUACUGCACACACCUUGGGUUCCAGCCUUCUGUCCCCGCCUGGGGGCCCACCGAGGAGGAUCUGGAGAGAGGCUGGAGAACACCAUGGAGGCCAUGGAGAACGCCAUGGCCCUGAGAGCCGACUUCUUAGAGCUGGACUGCCAGCUGACAAAGGAUGGUGUGGUGGUGGUAUCCCAUGACAAGAACCUGUUACGCCAGUCGGGCCUGAACAAAGAAGUGAGCAGCCUGGACUUUGAGAACCUGCCUCUCUACAAGGAGGAGCUGGAGGUUUACUUCUCACCUGGCCACUUUGCUCACGGGUCAGACAGGCACAUGGUGCGCCUGGAGGACCUGUUCCGGAGGUUCCCUCGGACACCCAUGAGCGUGGAGGUCAAAGGGGAGAACGAAGAGCUCAUUCACAAGAUAGCAGGCCUGGUGAGGUGCUUUGACCGCAGCGAGAUCACCGUCUGGGCCUCGGAGAAGAGCUCAGUGAUGCAGAAGUGCAAGGCUGCUAACCCUGAGAUGCCCUUCUCCUUCACGCUAAGCCGAGCAUUUUGGAUGCUGCUGCUCUAUUACGUGGGACUGCUGCCCUUCAUCCCAAUCCCUGAGAAGUUCGUCUUCUCAUUCCUGCCCACCAUCAUCAACAGGACCUACUUCCCAUUUUCCUGCCCUGGGCUGAACCAGUUGGCGGCUAUGGUUUCAAAAUGGUUCAUCAUGAGAAAAAGCCUGAUCCGACACUUGGAGGGGCGAGGGAUACAGGUGAUAUUUUGGUGCCUUAACGAAGAGUCGGAUUUUGACGUGGCCUUCGGCCUGGGGGCCACUGGCGUCAUAACCGAUUAUCCCACAGCCCUGAGGCGCUAUCUGGACAACCACAGAACAGCUGCUCGGGCCUCCUAAGCUCGAAGGCCCUCCCUGUGUCCUUUGUUUCUCCUUCCCAAUAAAUAUUUUCUUUUUAGUCAUGUGUUUGUGCUUGGGGAGGGGAUCCUGGAAGACUGUAAAGAUGGUUGCUGGACAGGGGAAACGAAGGCCUGGGGCCAGAGCCUGGGGCUCUAACCAGCUUGACCCACUGGUUCCACUACAUUCCAGACCCAGUGUAAUGCCACACCCUGUGCCACUCUGGCCUCCACUCUUCCUCAAGAAUGUCCCUUGCAGGGCCAACCCAGGUGUCCUGGCCCCCAGCCCCUUUUAUUGAGAGCCACAGAUGAUGGUCCCAUUCUCCUGAGGCCAUUAAGAGCUCCAGACACACAGCAAGGGACUUGCUCUCCCAUGUCCUGCCCCUGUGGGCCUCCUCGCUGGGCUGCAGAGGAUGGACAUGAGUGGGACAGCCGAGUUCACAGCACCCAUCUACUGCUUCAGCAGUUCCAACCUUCCACUCCAGAAAGCCUGUCUUCCCAGGUGCUCAGGCUUCCAGAAGUUAGCCCUCCCCAGCCUUGGUACCUUAGUCAUUUAUCCAUUCGCAUAUUUCACAAACAUCAGCUGUCUCUAGGGUAGGCUGGGUACUGGGGCCCCAGCUGUAAAAAGGCAAGUUUAGCAUGGCAGACAUGCUUAAACAGACGUCAUCAACUGAAUUCAGAGGGGGCACUCAACCCAGGGGUCUGGGCAUCAGAGGAGACUGCCUGGAGGAGAUGACGCUGGACAAUAGGAAUUUGCCUGUUCCCAGGAUCUGGCUCCCAGACAGGCACCUUUAAGCUCUUCCAUUCUAAGUGAACUGAGCCUGCUCCUAGUGCUAUGGCAGAAACUAUGGAAUCAGACCAAAGUGAGAAUCCGAAUCAUAAUCCUGGGAGACUUGCUAAACAUCUCUGGGCCUGGAUUCCUCGGUUAAAUGGGAACAAUAGUAGAAACUGCCUCAUAGGAUAUACUGCAGGGAUUAAAAGAAUGAGGUGCAAUCGGUGGGAAACUAUUAUUUGCAGGGUGCAUGAGUCCAACCACUCUCUCCCUCCUGA